GUUUCUACGUUUCUGGUUCUCCUAAUCAACAAAAUUCUUCUCGUCUCUCUCUCUCUCUCCCCCUCUCUGUAAAGUCUAAACUCAUUCUUUGGUAUUGUUUUCUGUUUAUCGUUGUUCUUUGAAGCCAAAAUGGUUCUGUAGUUUUCUUCUGGGUUCUGCUUCUAGGUUUUGAUUUUUACCUAACUUGAGUAGUGCCAUCUUGAUCUUGGGGCAGGAUAAUAACAUUACUACACAUUUACAAGCACUCUCAAAAUAUGAUCUCUACCGAUUUUAAAGGUAUAACCUGGGUUGGAGAUAUAUACCAGAAGUUUGAAACCAUGUGCUUGGAGUUGGAAGAAGAUAUGUAUCGGGACACAGUUAAAUAUGUUGAAGACCAGGUGCAGACAGUUGGUGCAAGUGUCAAAAAGUUAUACUCUGAUGUCUUACAAGAUUUGAUUCCUCUAUCUUCUAUAGAUCCUGUCGCUGAUUUGUCUCUGAACCCAUGUACUGAUUUUGGGAUCUACAAGAAACCAAAAACAAGCAUCAACGAGGAUCGGAUAAAGGUCAAUAAACCAGUUGCUAAGGAUUCAAAAAUUAUCGCUGGUGUGAAUGCGGACCAUACCUCAUUUUUCAGUGAACAUCAAAAUGUUUGUAAUUUUCUGCGACCAUCUUCUCUGGGCUUGAUUAAAGGAGGAAGGUCGGAAUUGUGUUCAGAGAAAAAUGAGGAUGAAGAUACCUGUGAAUAUUCAAAUGUGGAUAUCAAAAUAAAAUCUAAGAGGAAUAAUCAUCCGUCAUCCGCAAUGUUAUGGCCAAUCACUCCUGGGUCAAAAGAUUUGAUAAGGGCUUCAUUGUGCCACCAACUAAGUAAUAAUCAUGAAGCAGUAUGUGACCACAAAGUUAUGACAUUAUGCUCAGCUUCAGUUGAAGUUGCUGAAGGUCACUCCAGAGGAGCAAAAUUUUGUAACAAUACUGUUAGCUCAGCUGUGUCUAUUGCAGAUGCUGCUAUUGAUAUCCCAACAAAACCCAUUGAAUCUUGUGUGAAGAAAGAAACAAAACUGAGUACUUACACCAGUGGUGGGCCUGGUGGGUUUUCAGCACAAUCAAUUGGCACAUGUACAAAUAGUGGAGGGAUUUCCUCGAUAGAGUUAUAUGCUUGUGGUGAUGCACAAUAUAUUGAAUCUACUAUUGAGGAGGAUGUUUCGUCUCAUACAGGAAGAUCAGGUAACUGUAAUUUGGAUUUGGUUGAGAGUAAUGGUAUAGCUGAGCCAAGGAUUGAUAUCAUUGAACAAUUUGACGACUCAAAGUUGGAGGGAACUUGUGUCUUGGUGGACAGAGACAAACUUUGCAUUAUCUCUAACACAGAAGACAAACCUAGGUCAUACAAGAAAAAGAUUCGGAAAGCUUUCUCGUCAAAAAGGUCAGCAAGGAAGCAGGAGUAUGAGCAACUUGCAGUACAAUAUGGAGACACAGACACAGGACGAUCAAACCAUACAGGUGUGGAGAGUUUGAUGCUGACUCUUAUUACCAUGGAUGCAGUCACAAAAAAAUUACCAGCUCAUGAUUUUUGCGAAUCUGAGUGGGAGCUUCUCUAAAUACCAUUAGUUGACAGGGCCACGGCCACGCCCGGUAAAUAAACAUUCCACCUUGCAAUAUAUUUUUUUUUACUGUCCAUCUGCUUGCUGAUGAUGGGGGAAUAAAAUUACUGUGCUCCCAGUAAUGGCAGCUAAGUUAUUUCCUGUUGAACAAUCACAGUGAAAUGUAUAAAAUUAGCAAAAUAACCCACCUUUUCGGUGGUUUAAGUUAUCAAUAUCAAUAGUCAUAAUUUGCCAAACCCCAUGUGUGUAAAAGUCAGAUGGCGGUUACUCAUGGCUUUAACCUUCUCCUCAUUUUUAAUAUGUACAGGUCCUUGCCUUAUUUGAUACGGUUGUUCUGUUUCUUGUUGUGUCCAUUUUAAGUCCUUUCUGAUACUUA